AUGCCCGGCACACUCCAGACUUGGCCUCCGUGGCUCGAAUUCGAGGAACCCACUGACUAUACACCCAAAGACCAAGACUUUGACAUUUGCAAGCAGGCCAUCAUUGCGGAGUAUGGCGAAGAGAAGCUUCGACAGAGUUGGGUCCAAGUCUGUCAAGACCUCGAAUUGGUCACUGCCGAGAUUGCAGAGAAGAGGAGCGACAUUUUCCCCAUCUUUGAUUGUGAGGCCAUCUUGAAGGACGGAUUCUCUGCCGAGGACCAGGCUGCAGUCAAGAAGUAUGGUUGCUUCAUCGUGCGCCAAACCGUCUCCCAGGACGAAGCUCGUCAGGCAUAUGAGGUCCUGCGCCAAUACCGAAACGACAACCAGUCUGAAAUCCAGGGCUGGCCUGCCGAGUCACCGUCAAUGAUGAUGAUAUAUGACUCUCCCACACAAAUAGCCCUUCGGACACAUCCAAACCAGCUCAGGCUUCAGCGUGUCCUCAACCAGCUGUGGCACGACUCUUCCGCAGAGACAAGCCCCGAGCCUCUCCUGUAUUCCGACGGAAUCCGCGACCGACCUCCAAAACAAGUGUUCUUGGGUCUAGGACCUCACAUCGACGCAGGGAGCUUGUGUCGUUGGGCGGAUCCCACCUACCGUAGGGCGUAUGAGCAGAUCUUCGCGGGUAACCCCAGAGCACAUGACGCAUACAACCUAGCAGCCAGGAAAAACGCAAACCAGACCUUGUUUCCAGGCCGAGCCCAUUCAAACGUGUUCAGGUCAUUCCAAGGCUGGACCGCUCUGACUCGCGCGGCGGCCUCCGAGGGGGCCAUCAUGUUGUACCCAAAUGUCUCAACCGUCAUAGCAUAUACACUCCUACGACCCUUCUUUCGGCCGCCGAGAGACCCCAAGGACGUCAUGGAUGCAACCAAGUGGGAGUUCGACGCGGACGGAGCCUGGUUUCCUGGUACAUUCAAGCCAGACAGUCAACGGCUCAGCAGAGCAUCACACCCCCACCUGCGUCUGGAACAAUGCUUGACGCACAUUCCAGACAUGCGCCCCGGGGACACAGUCUGGUGGCACACUGAUGUAUGUCACGCAGUCGAUGCCGUCCAUAACGGCCGGGAAAACGCCUCAGUUGCUUAUAUAGCAGCAUGUCCGAAGACAGAAUCCAACAUAAAGUAUAUGAAAGCCCAGCUCCAGGCGACUCGGGAAGGGCGGCCCCCUCCAGAUUUUGCAGCAGGGCUAAUCCUGGAUGAGAGGCACUUCAAAGGAUAUCGGGGCCACCAGGGCCUGUCGGAAGCGGCAAAGGCUGCAUUGGGAUACUAUCUAUGA